AUGUCUUCUUCAUCAUCAUCAUCAUCGACCGAUACUAAAAAAGGAACAUGGUCAAAAGAAGAAGAUGAAAUAUUAAAAGCAUAUGUGGAAAAACAUGGAACCAGAAAUUGGAACGAGGUAUCAAAAAAUGCGGGGCUUAUACGUUGCGGUAAAAGUUGUCGUCUAAGAUGGUAUAAUCACCUACAACCAGAUGUGAAAAAGGGUCCAUUUAGUGAAGAAGAAAAAUCUAAAGUUUUUGAGUUCUAUAUAAAGUAUGGUGAAUUCAAAUGGUCUAAGCUGGCUCAUGAGUUACCGGGAAGAAGCGAUAAUGACAUCAAGAACUUUUGGAAUGCGAGAAAAAGAAAACUUGAAAAGCUCGGCUUGUCACCCUUCCCCGACAACAUGGAACCGGAUCAUAAGUUGAAUAGUAGCCAACAAGUUGAGGAUUCACAAGAAGAUGAAUUUAAUAUACCACAAUUGAAAUUUAGAAAAUAUCCAUCAAUUUUUGAUGAGAUAAAUGAAAAACUUUUAGAUGUUCCAAACAUGUUCUACAAUAAUGUGGGAAGUACUUCAACAUUGAUUGAUAGGGGUAGCAGCAUUAUUGGAACUUCUCAUAUUCAUAUACCUAUAGCUCUACCCUCACCAUGUUCAUACCUUCCACUUCCUUCACCUAUGAUGCUUGAUGAAAAUGGGAAGAAGCCAAUUUCAUUGGAGGACGAUUUUGAAGCAAACCUUGAUGAUUUCAUGGAUUUGAUUGACUUCAGUAAUUUGGAGGACGAUGUUGAAGCCGGCAGUCGUUUAUUUGACAAUGAUGAUAUAUAUAACAGUAACUUGCAUGACAAGAUAUAA